UGCACGGUUGCGGAGGUGAGAUGUCCGCGAAUUUUGUCCAAAAACUAUGUGAAAGGGUGUAAAAUAAUUACCAAAGUGCACGAAUUUGUGUUCAUUGGUGCCUAAUGUGUUGUUUGACGAAACAUUUUAUUGUGCAUGUGGAUUAUUUAAUGGAAAAACUUCCAAGAAAUACCUGAGGAGCAAUGUCGGCCUCAAGUGACAACGAGAUUGAAGAAUUUUUGAACGGGCCCCUAGUUUCAUGGCUUGAAUCAUGUCUCCCAAGACCAGAAAUUUUAUCUGGUUACACUUCACUGCUGGACGGAGCUAUUAUUCACAGUGUCGUCCUCCAGAUUGAUCCUGAACCUCAGCAUCAUCUUGUUAAACUUAUUGGACUCGAUGGGGUUCUAUUGGCAAAUGCAAGAGCACGAAAUUUCGAUGCAGUCGUGCGAAAUCUUCGAAAUCUCUACGAGGAAGAGCUGGGACAGAGGGUGCUCAUCUUACCUGAUUGUAGUGUCCUCGGGCACUCACCAGACACACCCCAGGGACUUGAACAGAUGAAAUUAUUACUAAUCCUUCUCCUCGGAGCUGCUGUUCAAUGCCCAAAUAAGGAACUCUUCAUUAGUCGCAUAAAGGAAUUGGAUCUGGAGACGCAGCACGCGAUUGUUGAGUUAAUAAAGCAAGUUACGGACAAUCAGAGUCUCGUGCUGACGAAUGAAUCAAUGGACCUUACGCCGGAUAUGAUGUACAAUCAUUUGUUGCGAGUGACCAAAGAACGCGAUCAAUACCACUCGAAUUGGAUAACGAGUUUUACAAUUGAAACGGAAGUGACACACAAUAAUGGUCCACAGCGGAUUAAUUCAAUGUCACCAUCAGCAGUAGCCACGACAAAUGGUCCCGACAGUAAUCAUAUGGUGGUGGAGUUGGCCGAUCUCAAAUCCAAGUUGCGGAAGCUGCGGCAGGAAUUGGAAGAGAAGUCCGAGGCGUUCAUGGAAGUUAAGGAAGAGCUUGAGCAUAAGACGUCGCAAUACGAAAAGCUACGAACAGAGAGCCAGGAAUGGUAUACGGAGGCAAGAAGGGCAUCAGCGUACAGGGAUGAAGUUGAUGUUCUCAGGGAGAGAGCAGAAAGGGCUGAUAGACUCGAAAUUGAAAUUCAAAAAUUAAAAGAAAAGCUAAGUGAUGCUGAAUUCUACAAGACACGCGUUGAGGAACUUCGUGAGGAUAAUAAGACACUCCUUGAGACAAAAGAAAUGCUGGAAGAACAACUGCAGCGAUCUCGUAAAAGAAGUGAUCAUGCUAUGGUUCUAGAAUCAGAAAUAAUUAAAUAUCAGCAAAAGCUCAAUGACAUGGCUCUCGAGAGAGAUGUGGACAAAAAUAAAUUGCAAGAACUUGUGGAUGAAAACACACAAUUGCAGCUCGCCACGAAAAAUCUUACUGCUCUGUCAGAUCUCAAUCAGGCAACGUCUGAUCUUGAGGAAGAAAGUGUUUCAGCGGACAAUAGUUUAUCAGGGCAACUCACGAAUAAUGCUCAAACAAGGGCUUUACGUCUUGAAUUGGAGAAUAGACGAUUACUGGCUACUUUGGAUGCCAUGAAGGAGUCAUCAUUUCAUGAGUCAUCCAAUAAAAUCCUCGAGUUGGAGAAGGAAAAGAAGAAGCUUUCGCUAAAGGUAGAACAAAUGCAAGAGAACGCCAAGAGGCAAGUGCAGCAAAUUCAGGAAUUGGAGGAUGUCUUCAAGAAUGCCCUGGAGGAGAAUAAGAAACUUCAGGAUACAUUGGAUGCACGGCAGCAGGCAAAUGAUAGACAGAGCCAAGAACGAGAGGCAGAUAGAAUGAAGAUCAUUGAUCUGGAGAAGCAAAUUGAGACUUUGGUCAAAGAGAAACAACGAAUACAGAAUCUGAGUGAGAGUAUUCAGAGGAGGGCGGAUGAGGUUGAGCGUCUGUUUGACACCAAAAUGAGAGAAUGUGAGAGUUUAUCGGAAAAACUUGUUGAAUUCGACAGGACGAAGAAUCAAUUGGACGAUGUGAAGGAGAAGUUGGGGAUUAUGGAGAAGGAAAACGUUAACUUUACGAAAGAGGUUGUAAAGCUUAGAGAAAAUUUAGAGGAAAAAGAUAAACAAUUGGAUAGGAAUAGCAGUGAAAUUGAGAGCGAUCGUAAGGAGAUACAGAGAUUGCGUGAAGAACUGGCGGAGAAGGCAGUCGAAGUGAGGAAAAUCGGUGAAUUGGAAAAGCAAAACAAUGAACUCAUCUCACAGGGGAAGAUUGAUGCUGAAACGAUCGCCACACUUCAGAGAGAUCUCGUCAAUGGGGCCCUCGUGUCCAACAAAGUGAAACAGGGCUUGGAGAAAUUGGGUCUCGAUGACAAUGUGUUGGAAAAUUCGGAUUUCAAUGUGGAGAAUGUUGUGGAGAAACUCGUAAAGAAUCCCGAAACUUUCAGAACUGUUAAGGAGAUUAUGUUGAAUGUGGGAAGGGAAACAACUUCCUCAGACAUGUGUGUUCUCUGUCAUCGCAAAGAAAUCUUCACGGUGGAGAAGGAGAUUGAGAUAAAUAAUGAGACCGAAGUGGAUUUACUCAAUCAAACGGAAGAGGUGGUGUCAUCUGUGAGUGCUCAGUGGAAGAAGCAAUGUGAUCAUCUCUACACCGAGAAUUCCACACUGAAGACACUCAAUGAGCAACUUGAAGCGGAAAAUGCGAGGCAGAAAGUCUCCAUGGCGACAUCUGAGUCCCAAAUGGGAUCACUGAAUAGUCAGUAUGUGGCUCUACAAGUGACCAAUUCGCAGUUGAUCACAGAGAAGGAGUCGCUGAUGAAGCAAAUGGAUAUUUACAAGCAACGCAAUGAGUCACUGAGGCAUGAUCUCCUUUCGCUGCAAGCUAUGCUGGAGCAAUCAAAUUCCGAGUAUGAUUCAUCACGAAGUGAAAAUAAGGACCUCAAGACAACUAUUCGUGAUCUAAAAGCGGAAAAUAGAGAUUUGCGUGAACGUCUAUUUUCCAUGGAGAAGGAUUUGAAGGAACUCGAAGCUGAGAGUAAAUCAACAAAGUCUGAUUCGAUGAAUCUCACAAAUCUCCGGGCAGAACAUUCAAAGCUCAAAGAGGACUUUAGGAAUCUCUUUACACAAAAUGAUCGAAUGAAGCAGCAAUACAAGACAAUGCAGGAGCAAUAUCGGAGUAUGAGGAAUGAAAAUGGGCGAUUAAUGCUUCAAAAUACUGAGCUGAAAGGUGAAUUAAGUACACGCAGUGAUCAUGCCACGGGGAUGGAGAUUGAAUUGGCCAAAGUGCAGCAGCAGUGUGAUAUGUUGAUUAAGGCAAAUACUGAUUUGGAUACAGAUCGACAAAAAUUAAUGGACAAUGUGUCGCAAUUACUCUCACAGUAUCACGAACUCAUUGUAAUGUCCCAGCAGGAUAGGCAACACUAUCACGAAGAGGAGAAGUGCUACACGGAUAAAUUGAAUAGUCUCUACAGGCAAAAGGAGCAGCUUGAAGAGAAGAUUAUGGAUUAUUUCAAGAAAAUGGACAAUUGUGUACCAAAAAAAAAACCAUUUGGCUCAAAUCUCGUGAAGAGGGUGAAGAAAGCUGGAUCUGACAUCAUGAAUCGUGUUCCAAAUCGAUUUCAGUACCGGAAGUCAUGGAUUGAUGACACUCGACUCACACAGAGUCAGCUGAUUAUGGGCUCAGAAUCCGGUGGCAAUGAAUCCGACAAUAGUACGGAAGAACCCAAUUCUGUAUCAUCCGACACAACACUCCUUAGUCGAUACUCCAAUUCCCGGCAGAGUCUUCAGAGGAAACCAAGUGAUAAUUGUCGGGAAUCUCCACUGACACGCGGUGGGGUGCGUAGUAGCUUGCAGACAACAUCACCACGUCGUGAUGAGGUCAACCGUGCAAACAGGAAUAGCCUACACAUGCUCGAUGGAGCAUCAGUGGGCCCGGACGUGACCGUGGCGGCACUUGGGACGGCAGGAAGUCGACGGACAGUGUACCUUGUGGAUGAUAGUAGCAAAUUGCCCGAGGCCACACCAUCACCGAGUCACUCCCAGUCAUCAGCGGGAGGAAGCAGUGGUGGUGGUGGUGCCAAUUGCUCAACAAGCGGUGACAAUGGCACACAUCAAUCCACUGCCAAUCCAUCAACACUUCUUAUGUACAAUCGAAUCUCAAAUGUGAUCGGGGGCGAUGUUGUGUCCAUGGGAGCCUCAUCCGGGACCCAGAUGAUCAAUAGUACGGCAGACAAGGCAAAUCAUCGGGAUAAUGGGAAGAAGAGGCCACAGGGGGAGGAUAAGGAUAAAGAGCCGGCCAUUUGGUAUGAAUACGGAUGUGUCUGAGGGAGGAUUAAUGCGCGAGCAAAGGAAAUCAAAAAGCAAAGUAUUAUACUUAAAAAAAAAAGUGAGUUUUUUUUAGAAUUUUUUACACGAUUUAGAAAACCCGAACAUCCGUUUGCCUUAGAAUGUUGCUUAACAUUUUUUGUAGGAACUUUUUUUUUUUAAAGAAAAAAAAAUAAUAACUUAGUGUUUAAGCGAAUGCCUAGGAAAUAGAAUAAUGUAUUAAUAAUAAUUAUUUCUAUAAAAUUAGUAAUAGUGGGAGAUUCAUUAAUUAUUUCUCCUAUUUGCGGAUUUUUCGUGAAAAAAAAGCGUGUUACUAAAAUUAGGCUCUAAUUAAGACGAUAAAUUUUCUAAAUGCAAUCCUUUGUCACUCAACCAGUAAAUUAUUUGGGCACCUUGUCGAGCGAUUUACUCAUAGUUCUACAUACAUAUACCUUUGUAAACAAACAACAUUAGUUUAAAACAUAUGGUGGGAUUUUCAUUGCAUUUCCUCGAAAUAAAAAAAAAAACUUUUGUGUGGAA